CUUUUCGUACUUCGCAUUCGACGUGGAAUCAAAAGCGGACACAUAGAGAAAAAGGAACAUAAACUUCAGCCAAGAAAGCCACAACGCGUACACUCGUAUUUCAUUGCGUCUUUGAAUUCUGCUUACGCUAGUUCGCCUGUUAUUACAAAAAAACAAUUUAUAGUCCCGCUAAAGUGAAGAAAUGGAUCAAUUGACAAAAUUCUACGAACCCGGCCGCUCGUUUGCCAAGGACUCAAUUCGACUGAUUAAGCGCUGCACCAAGCCCGACCGCCGGGAGUUCCAGAAGAUUGCUAUCGCCACAGCCAUCGGAUUCUGCAUCAUGGGAUUCAUUGGUUUCUUCGUGAAACUGAUACACAUCCCGAUCAACAACAUCAUCGUCGGUUCAUAAGCUGGUGGUGUUAUGUCUGUGUGUGCUUGCGUUCCCUUUUUCCCGUUCGUACAUCAAUUAUCCUGCGAAUAGAAGAAAUAAUCAUCCUCCCCAAAUCUUCAUCGACUGAAAAUCGACGUUUCCCUAUUCCGUAUCCGAUACGUCGCGGCCACUGUAGCCCGCUCCUCGCUUACCCACGAUUCCAAUAAUAAUCUCGCACGAAUACGUUUGGCGAUAUGUGCGGGAGCUCCAUCGUGGCACUCUGGAAGCUGACGGUUGUAACUGCACCUGUGCUGUUCGGAACGAAUUGAUGGCGCUUCGGAUCCCGUAAUAUGAUAGUGUAAUAAUCCUGUUUUUCAUGCGUUACAUAUUAGAAGUAAUCAUUUUUGUGACCCGCUGCGUGCAGUAGCGCGAGUUGCGUAUAUUUUGUGAAAACGAAUAAAUAAUUUAUUGUUUCACUAAAGUAA